CGGAAGGGGGCAGCCACUGGCUGCGUGCAGGCGGCUGCCAACUGUAAUAAGCCUUUCUGGCUCAGACCGAGCGCGUACCAGGCCGCCCCGACCUGGGUUCGAGAGCAGCUCGACAAGACCUCGCGAUGCGGCAGCCCGCCUUCCAGGACGAUGGCGUCUCCGAAGGAGCGCCUGGUGGACCUCUUCCGCGCACUGGACGCCCGCGGGUGCGGCCGCGUGCCCCGCGCGGCCUUCGAGGGCGCGCUGCGCCUCGCGUGCUCGGGGGACCCCGCGCAGCGGGAGGCGCUGGACGCCGUGCUGGCGCACGCGGAGGGCGACGAGAUCCGCUACGAGGACCGCUCUUCGAUUGGCUGUACAGCGAGCCCUCGCAGCAGGGCGGCGGGGCGGCCGAGGCGCAGGAGGCCCACGGGCCCGCCGCGGCCGAGGGGCGCAGCCCGCGCGGGCUCGCGGAGGCCUCGUGCCUGGCGCCCAGAGCGCAGGAGGAGCCUGGGCGGCGCGCGGCCUGCGCGCUCCGCGGCGACGCCACCGCGGGCUCGGGGGCCGCGGCCAGCGGCGCGGAGGCCACGCCGGAGCAGCUGCGAGCCGAAGAAGAACAAGCUGGCAAAGGCACACCUUUCGAAGGUCCGCUCGGAUGUGCCUCGGAUCGGCGCAAGAGGCGCCGCCAAGGGGGUGCCGAUCCGAGAGAUCCGCACGGCCCUACGAAAGCUUCUGUUUGUAAGCUAGAACGUUUAAUCUUCAAGUGUUUGCGUUUUGAUCUUCAAGUGUUAGGCCUCCUCCUCCUGCUCCUCCUCUUCCUCCUCCUCCUCCUCCUCCUCCCCCUCCUCCUCUUCCUCC